AAUGAAGAUAUGUCUGCUGCCAGCUGUCUGCUGACUGAAGAUCAGUUCCUGUGCUCCAUCUGUCUGGAUGUGUUCACUGAUCCAGUCGCCAUACCAUGUGGACACACCUUCUGUAAAACCUGCAUCACUGAACACUGGAGUACUAAUGUCCAGUGUCAGUGUCCCAACUGUAAAAAGGGUUUUAAAACCAGACCUGAGCUGCAGGUCAACACUUUCAUCUCUGAGAUGGCUGCUCAGUUCAGACAGUCAGCUCAACAGAAAGCCAGCAGCAGCAGCUCAGAGCAACAAGUUUCCAAACCAGGAGAAGUUCCCUGUGACGUCUGCACUGGAACCAAACUGAAGGCCCUGAAGUCCUGCCUGGUGUGUCUGGAAUCCUACUGUGAGACUCACCUGGAGCCUCAUCUGACAAGAUCAGGCCUGAAGAAACAUCAGCUGAUCGACCCUGUGGAGAACCUGGAAGGCAGGAUGUGUCUGCAGCAUGAUAAACUGCUGGAGCUGUUCUGUAAGACUGACCAGAUGUGUGUCUGCGUGCUCUGCACUGUUUUAGACCACAAGACACAUGAUGUUGUUCCUCUGAGAGAAGAAUAUGAAGGAAAGAAGGCCGAGCUGGGGAAGACAGAGGCUGAAAUUCAGCAGAUGAUCCAGAAGAGACGACUGAAGAUUGAGGAGAUCAAACACUCAGUGGAGCUCAGUGAGGAAGAUGCAGACAGAGAGAUAGCAGAUGGUGUUCAGGUCUUCACCGCUCUGAAGGAGUCUGUUGAGAGAAGCCAGGCCGAGCUUAUCGACACGAUCAAAGAGAAGCAGAGAAAGACAGAGAAACAGGCUGAAGGCUUCAUCAAAGAGCUGGAACAGGAAAUAUCUGAGCUGAAGAAGAGAAGCACUGAGGUGGAGCAGCUCUCACGCUCUGAAGACCACCUCCAUGUCCUCCAAAGCUUCAUGUUCCUGAACACUGCUCCACCCACCAAGGACUGGACAGAGGUCAACAUCCAUCCACCUUCAUAUGAGGGGACUGUUGUCAGAGCUGUGAGUCAGCUGGAGGAGACGCUCAGUAAACAGACAAAGAAGCUGUUUGAGGUCGAGCUGAAGAGGGCCCAGCAGUCUGCAGUGGAUGUGACACUCGAUCCUGAUACAGCACAUCCUGAACUCAUCCUGUCUGAUGAUGGAAAACAAGUUAAACAUGGUGAUGAUUGGGAGAAUCUCCCAGACAACCCAGAGAGAUUUGUUAAUUUUCCCUCUGUCUUAGCAAAGCAGAGUUUCUCUUCAGGAAAAUUUUACUUCGAGGUUCAGGUUAAAGGGAAGACUAAGUGGGAUUUAGGAGUGGUCAGAGAGUCGAUCAACAGGAAGGAAGAGUUUGUACCAAACCCUCAAAAUGGUCAGUGGAUAAUAUGGUUGAGAAAUGAAAAUGAUUACUACACUGCUGCUAACCAUAUAGUCCAUGUCUCUUUAAAAUCUCGGCCUCAGAAGGUGGGGGUGUUUGUGGAUUAUGAGGAGGGUCUGGUCUCCUUUUAUGAUGUUUAUACUGCAGCUUUAAUCUACUCCUUUACUGACUGCUCCUUCACUGAGAAACUCUACCCAUACUUAAGUCCUUGUUAUCAGGAACUCAGAUUGUUCAGUGAUAUUUUAAAGAGUGACAACUCUGCUCCUCUGAUCAUCUCUCCUGUCAAUCACGCUGGAUAGAAUAAACAUUUGGUUUUUGACAGUAAGAUAUAUAUGUAUAUAUAUAUAUAUAUAUAUAUAUAUAUAUAUAUAUAUAUAUAGAUAUGUAUAUAUAUAUAUAUAUAGAUAUAUAUAUACAGUGGUGGAAAAAAGUUUUCGGACACUCCAUGCAUUUGUGAAAUAUUGCAUUAAGAAUCACUCUUAGGUCUUCAAGUGCAAUUUCUUUUAGUACAGUCACAGCCAAAAUACUAAAUAAAUCCUAAAAAAGCCAUUAAAAACUUAAAAUUGAUUGGUUCCAUAAAAAUACAUAAGAAAUUUUGAGUAUUGGGUCAUUUUGGUACCAGUGAUGAAGGUCGUUCUUUUUAUUAAAAGACACAAUUUUUGUUGCCAAGCUUCGUGUUCACAUAAAGCCAGCACAUCUGAAAGUUCUUAAGACACAAAAAUGGCUAAAACAAGGAACAUAACGCAGCAAACACGCCUGAAGAUAAAGAUUCUCAGCCAGGAAGGGUACAGCUGCCGCCAGAUAGCCAGGAAGUGCAGAUGCAGUCCUUCAGCAGUUGGAUACACUCUGCAGAAAUACAGAUGAACCAACAGCUUGGAAGACAA